AUGCUCAAUGGCUUAGUAAAUAAAGGCGGCGCUAACUUCGUCAACCCUUACGCGAACGACGAUCGAGUUGAUCUCAGCCAAGUAUGGGUCGAUAUACCGAGUACACUUGUAGCCUUGGGAGGCGAUGUACAUGUCAACGUACGAGGAGCUCUCGGUGCUGGCAGCUUAAAAGUACGCCUCGCCCGAGAAGACGACGAUGGUAGAGCGUUAUUAGCAACGAUGCCCUUAGCUUUAGAUGCAGAAAGCCGAAUGACUCUUCCAUGUGGAUACUUCUCAAGAGGUGGCAUUUACUAUUUAGAAAUAAUCGCCGACAAAGAACAUUUCUUAUCCGAAGAUUAUGACUCAAACAAUACUGAUAGAUUUAAAGAAGUAGAAUCCAAUAAAGUAAAAAGAGAAAUUGAUGAAAGAAUGAUGGAGACAGGCGAUAGUUUGAUCAAAUCUUGGAAGUUUGACGUUCUUUGGCCAACUGCAAAUUUGGACGUGACGCCUGAACAAAUUCAAACGUAUCCAGAAAGGCAAGUGACAGCAAUAUUGGAAUUUCCGAAGGUGGUGUGCACUCCUCUAGAGUCGAGUGCCGAUUUCUGGCUGGAGUUACUGUACUGCGGACAUUCAAGCGGAGGUGCUGUCUUAUGCGAUGGCAAGAAUACUAGCUCCCACGCCCAUGUACUAUAUUCUGAACAGAUGCACGGCUUCCCUGGUCGUCGCACCAUGACGCUUCGCUGCGAACUUUUUGGUCAAGCUGGUAAUUACGCAUUGACUCUAAGGCCGGCAGCUGCAGCUGGACCUCAAGAUCUUGCUUCUGCUUUUAUCAAGGCGGACUGGUCAGAGCAGUUCGUGCUAAACGUCCAUGGAGGUUCGGUGUUUCCAUGCGGCGACGGUGUACGAGUUCUCUUCCAGUAUCCCGAGUGCGUGCUGGAGAGGGCCGAUAGAGUCAGAGUGUUUGGGAGGGACUCUGAUCGACUGCGUUAUGUGGCCGAGAGACGUGUAAGAAGGGGCCAGCACACAGCCUCGUUCGACUGCCGGCUGUUCAGCGAGAGGUACCCGGAGUACUGCUUCGUGUAUGUCUCUCAAGCUGUCACAGGCGCUGUGGCCGAUGUCAGGAUGGACUGCUUGCCUACACUGCCAUUAUCAGACGUUGGAGCUGGUGGGUGGGGAGAGUGGUCAGCGUGGUGGGCAUGCCCGGCGCCCGCACACUGCUCCACGCGCACGAGGAGUCGUCACCACUUUAGCGACUCGCCUCCACCAGCGUAUGGUGCCAAGUAUUGUGAGAAAGAUAAAGGAAAGAAGGAUGAAGAAACAAAUAAGGGUGCUACAUUCACGGAGGUUGAAAGGACGUUCUUAGAACUACAACUAGCUGAGUGUAACAGAAAAAUCGCAAGACUUCGGACAGCCGUCGAUCAAUAUGAACAACGCAAUGAGGAACUACAAAAAUCUUACGAUAAGUUGGAUGAAGAUCGUGCUGAUAUUAUUGCAUAUUUAAAGAAGAUGCUAAACCUCAAAAAUGAAGAAAACGUUGAGCUAAAAGAAAAAGUUAAGGGUCUUGAAGAAACUAGAGAAAUCGAAACCGCUCAAUUCAAGGAAACUGUAUCUGAAUUAGAGAAAAACUUUACAAUAAUGAAAGAUCAGUUGACAUCUGAGAACAAGCUAUUGGCUGGUAAAUUAAAUACAUUGGAAGAAUUCAGAGCCAUAAGAGAUGACUUAAUGAGAAAAUGUGAAAAACAGGAGCAAGAUUUUAAAGACCAAGAAAUUAAAUACAAAAGAGUUAUUAAUGACGCGAAAAGAAAUUCGUAA